ACCGGCGGCCGGAGGGGGCGCGGCGCGGGCGGGCGGCGCUGCGGGCUGCGCUCCCCGCCCCCGCGCUCUCGGCCCGGUCCCGGAGGCCGCGCCACCCGCCCGCAUGGCUUCUCCGGACGACCCUGCGCGCGCAGAUCUUAUGGCAAAGGAGCCAGUGGAAGAUACAGACCCUAGCACUUUAUCCUUUAACACGUCAGACAAAUACCCCAUUCAAGAUACGGGACUCCCUAAAGCUGAAGAGUGUGAUCCAGUUACUUUGAACUGCCCAACAAAUUCUGAUGUGCAACACCAGAUAUUGGGUGGUAUCUGCCUCAGAUGUGCUGAUCACCACAAUUCAGGAGAAGAAAAUGGCUUUCCGGAUAGUACUGGAGAUCCCCUUUCAGAUGUAGGCAAGGACCAGUCCUGCACAGAGAACUGUACCUGCUCCUCCUGCUUGCUCCAGGCCCCCACCAUAAGUGACUUGCUCAAUGAUCAGGACUUACUAGAUGUGAUCAAGAUAAAGCUGGAUCCAUGUCACCCAACAGUAAAAAACUGGAGGAAUUUUGCAAGCAAGUGGGGCAUGCCCUAUGACGAACUGUGUUUCCUGGAGCAGAGGCCCCAGAGCCCCACCUUGGAGUUCUUGCUCCGGAACAACCAGAGGACAGUGGGUCAGCUGAUGGAGCUCUGCAGGCUAUACCACCGGGCUGACGUGGAGAAGGUCCUGCGCAGGUGGGUGGAGGAGGAGUGGCCCAAGCGGGGGCGUGGAGACCACCCCAGGAACUUCUAGCCCUCAGCUUCUUCCCGUUGGCCUCCUAGGACCUUGAAGCAACCACAGGUGAAGGAGGAAUGUGAAUCUGUUCUCUUUUAAAAGUUUAGGAUAAGAACAGGGAAGAGCAGACUUUCGUUUUUCCCAAAGCUGGUGGUUUUCUGGAGGGAUUUUGUUUUGGUGGUGGAUUUUUCUGUGUCUAGUAUUGCACAUCUGUUUCAACUUAAUAUUUGCGUCUGGAAUUGGGAAAAAUAUUUUGUAGACUCAUAGAGAGACCAGGACAAAAGCCUACAAUCAGAAUGGAUUCAUGCCUUGAUGAAAAUAAAAUUAUCCUUUCUCUUAAAUACUGCUGAAGACUGAAAUAGGGACUAAGAUUAUUGAUGGCCUCAAGGAAUCCUCAUGCACAGGGUUGUUGAUGGUCAACGGCACUCCCACAGCACAGAAGAAGCAACCUGGAGAAGCCACCCCUUUUGAUCUGUGUGCUCAUUUUUUUGUCCUAAAGUACUUAGUCAUUAAAAAAGCUGUUGAUAUUAUGUGGUAAUACCCUUCUGAACAUAUGUGUUGUCUUUCUUAUUCAAAUACUUUUAUAAUAUGUGCACUAUUGAAAUGUCAUUUGCUCAAGUAUUUUUGAAAGAAAUAUUAAAAACCUGAUGAUUAUUGGGAGGGCAGAGUCAAACAGCUUUUGAGCAGGGUCCUAAGGACCACGGGAAAUGUGUUUGGCAAAGAAUACACAAAAUGCCCCUUUGUUACCCAUGAGUUUUUAAAAAUCAGUUUAAUAUUUACUUUCACAUCUUUUAUGUAAGCUGAGUGUUUCACCCCCGAGAUGAAGCUCAGUUAAGAAACGGACAAAAGUCACCUGGGCCAUAGGUGAAAUGUAAGCACCUCUACCAACUACCAUCCCAGCUGAAAAUGACUCAUUAACACUAUACAGCAGCAGAGUCGAUGGGGGAUUCCUUAGUGGUGAUUCUGGGAGGGAAGGUACAGGUUAAAAACUAAGUUUUGAAAGAUUUUAAACCAAAUGAAAAAUGAGGUCCAAAGAAUAUCUAGUGUUCUAUUUGAUGGUUUGGGGGAGGAGGAGUUUAGGAGCUAUGAGAGGCUAUUAGAUCAGAUUUUCUAUGUUUGGGGGUUUGGGGGAGAGGGAGCAAAGCUUGGUUUGCUUGAUAAUUUUACAAAAGCUAUUUGGUUUUGGCUGUGGGUUUAGAAAAGCAAGGGACUUCAUUCCAAUUGGGGAGAUUCUGUGUAAGUCCCUGAUAAAAUAAGCAAAACUGAUGAAUAACAUGAUGAGAGUACAAGAAAGAUUAGGAUUCACUCAAAAGAAAGUUAUUUCCUCAACCACCACCAUUUUUUUCCAGUAAUGGUUACAGCUGUUUGUAUUAGAUUGCUAAUGUAUAAAGUCAGUUUCACUAUCCAAUGUAAACUCUGAAGUAGCAAAAUCUCCUAUGGAGUCUUACCUUAUAACUUCUGAUUCUGGGUUAAUCAGUCCCAACUUAUCUUCCCUUGUCAGGUUUCUCAUAUAAAAGAUGCACUUAAAGUAAUAAAAGCCAGUAAUAAACUGUAAAGAUUUUUAAAAAUAUAUUCUUUUGUAAACUGA